AGAAUGAUCUGUCAUACGCUCCGGUCGAGCAUAGUGGUUGGUAAGCUAGCUAGCUAGCUAAAGCUAAACAAGGGUCCCUGCCUGUCAGUAGUCGAACGCAGCGACAGCUGAACAUAUUAUUCCAACCCUAGCUGUUCGCACAACAAAAUCGCCACAAUGUUUGAGGAGGCCAGUGAAGUCUUCGAUAACAUGUUUAAGUCCUCGUUCCCCUUAACCUUCAUUGUGUUUAUCCCCGCGGUGUUGAUCCUGGUGUCGCCGCUCCCGGCCGAGGCGGCGCACGAGUUUACGGUGUACCGCAUGCAGCAGUACGACCUGCAGGGUCAGCCCUACGGUACCAGGAAUGCCAUCCUGAACACGGAGGCUCGUACUGUGGAAGCAGAGGUACUAAGUCGUCGUUGUGUUAUCAUGCGACUGGCAGAGUUCUCCUAUGAGGAGUACCAGAAGGCUCUGCGCCAGUCGGCAGGAGCUGUGGUCAUCAUCCUGCCCAAGAACAUGUCUGCUAUGCCCCAGGACAUAGUACAGCAGUUCAUGGAGCUGGAGCCGGAGAUGUUGGCCACGGAGACCAUCGUCCCCGUCUACUUUGCCAUGGAGGACGAUGAGCUGCUGUCCAUCUACACCCAGACCCUGACCUCCUCUUCCUCACAGGGCUCGUUAUCAGCAGCAGAAGUGCUGCUGCAUACGGCCACAGCCAACGGCUUCCAGAUGGUAACCAGUGGAGCGCAGAGUAAAGCUGUCAGCGACUGGGCCAUCACCAGUCUAGAGGGUCGUCUGGCCGGAGUCGGAGGAGAAGACCUGCCGACUAUCGUGGUGGUCGCCCACUACGACUCUUUUGGAAUCGCUCCUUGGCUGUCGUACGGAGCGGACUCAAACGGCAGCGGGGUGUCCAUGUUGCUGGAGCUGGCUCGUCUCUUUUCAAAACUUUACACCUACAAGAGGACACACGCUGGGUACAACCUGCUGUUCUUUGUAUCUGGGGGGGGGAAGUUCAACUACCAGGGGACCAAGCGUUGGCUGGAGGACAAUCUGGACCAUACAGACUCCAGUCUGCUGCAGGACAACGUAGCCUUUGUCUUGUGUCUGGACACUCUGGGGAACGGAGACUCUCUGCAUCUCCACGUGUCCAAACCUCCUAAAGAAGGAUCUCCUCAGUUUUCUCUACUUAAAGAACUGGAGCUGGUGGCCGCCAGUCAGUACCCGGAGGUCAAGUUCUCCAUGGUCCACAAGAAAAUCAACCUGGCCGACGACAUGCUGGCCUGGGAGCACGAGCGCUUCGGGAUCCGCCGCCUGCCGGCCUUCACGUUGUCCCACCUGCCCUCCCACCGCCUGGCUCAGCGCUUCAGCAUCAUGGACGUGCGGUCAGUGUCCCCCUCCUCUCGCCACGGAGCGGGAGAGCCCCCUGCUGGGCCUCAUGUAGAUGUGAAGAAGCUCAGCAGGAACACCAAGCUGGUAGCCGAGGCGCUGGCUCGGGUCAUCUACAACCUCACAGAAAAGGGGGCUCCCGGGGACCUGCAGAUCUUCACUGAACAGAUGCAGGUGCAGGACGAGCAGCAGUCGGCGGUGGUGGACUGGCUCACGGCGCAGCCCCGAGCCGCUCAGCUGGUGGACAAAGACAGCAGCGUGGUGUCCACUCUGGAGUAUCACCUCGGACACUACCUCAAGGACGUGAAGAGACACUACGUCAAAGCUGACAAAAGGGAUCCAGAGUUUGUUUUCUACGACCAGCUGAAGCAGACUAUGAACGCGUACAGAGUGAAGCCGGCUAUUUUUGACUUGCUGCUGGCGGUGUGCAUCGCAGCCUACUUGGGAAUGAUGUAUCUGGCUAUCCAGAACUUUGGAGUCUUCUACAGUGUUGUACGCAGAGUCACCCAACCCAAGACGAAGGCUAACUAAAGAAGCAUGAGGGGUUUUUUUGUUUAGUUUUUUUUCUACCCCGAUCCCUCAUUUUCUUUUCACAAAUCAAGGAACUUUUAGCAGUGGGAACGCAGCUGCUGUUCUCGUUAUGCUUUUCAAAGCCAGCAGAAUCGCUUCCAUCUCCUUCAUCCUGAUCCACAGACUCUGAUGUCAGAUCCUGUCCUGCUGUCAACUUAAUCCAUGUGGUCUCACGGACCAGAAUAAUCAGGAAUCAUUUUUUAUCAAUCUCCCUGUCGUCACGGACAGCGAUGUCUCGUCAUUCAUUAGUAAGGAUCCCUGCGCCGGACAUAUAUUUCAUUAGUUCACUCUUGUGCGGGACUUGGAAGCAUUUGUCAACAACUGUGAGAUCUAGAUGAGAUGAGUUGUAUGAUGUACGAGGGUUCGCUCUGCCAAACCGAUGUCAUGUGUCGUCUCAGGCAGCUACAGGGAGAAACCGACCAGGCAGAGUUGAGCCAAGAAUUUCUUUAGUCAGCAGAUCUGCUCACCCUACCUGGUUGCCAUGGAGAAGUUUGAAUUUGAAUACUCAAAUUUUCAUAAAGACGUUCAAAUAGGUAAUUGUAUUUGGUUGUUUCUUAGCGUACCGACUUCCUCUUAAAUCCACAGUCUGUAACAACACCUUCUAAUGUGCAGAAAGACAUUAACAGUUAACAAGAUACAAAGUCCUCCAUGUGUCCCUGUCCCGCCCCCACUGCUCAUCGAGGAAACGCCGUCAGCGAUGCCGCUCAAAGGGAAACUCUAAAAAAAAGCCAUUCAACAUUACUUGGCAAAUGACUUACUGUGAAUCGGCAUCGAGACGGACUUGGACAGAUUAACAUAGAUUUUAUGGAUAAAGUAAUUUAAACAUUACAUCAUCCUCAUUCAAUCGCCUUGGUAGUUUAUUAAAAGAAACAUUAAAUUGAAUUAAAUAUUUGCCAGAUUAUUAUUGUAUUAGUCUCCUAAUCAUGUUAAAUUUAUAACCAUAUAGAAGUCUACACAGAUUACACCUUUUUAAGAUUUCCCUUUUUGUGCCACAUUUUCUGUAGAUGAGGUUUUUUUCUGUUGGUGUGUGAAAUACGUUUUUUUGUUGUUGUUUUUUUACAUGAAUGGAUAAAACAAAUGCUGAUGGUUGACUUACCUUAAAACUCAUGUCAAAAGGUCAUGUUUGUCUAAUCAAAGCACAGGUGUGUGUUAAGUGUGUCCGAUUACCUAUCAACACAUGAGAUAAGACUCCACCCCGUUACACCCUUUUAUCAGUGGAAAACAUGUUUUGUUGAAUGUGACCUUUUGCUGCCUGCAGCAAUAAUGUGAUUUGACAUUUAUCUGAUAUAUUUUUUGAAGCCAUGUCAAGAUGCUGGUCCAGCACUGCAGUGUUUGUACACUGGACGUCUUAAUGGGCAAUAACACAAAAGGUGCGUCGGAUUAGAUGGGGACGUACAUCUUGAGCGCACCGAGAUUCUUAAUUUCGUGAGAUGUUGGUGUCUGUAAAAUGAGUUCUGCAGUGUUUCCUUGAACUUUUCUCUGCCAUAGUCUUCUUGUGGGUGAACGUUGUGUUUUUGCCUUUCGAUAUUUCCCACUUUUUACUGCAUGACCAGUGUCCUGCCCCCUUUUUUUCCCCUGUUUUUAUAUUACCAACGUGAGGGAAAUACUGUGUGGUACAUGAGAAUUUUUAAUUUAUUGAAGCUAGAUUUCAUUUAUGCACUGAACUCUCCUCUGGUCUGAUCUCUAUUUGGCCUCAUCCACAACACGAUCUUUGCAAUGAAAAGGACAUCAGUUGUGAUUUAAAAAAUAAAAAAAAAUAAAAUCACAA